AGACACAAACACUUCCUGAAACACGGAGAGCACUUCAAAAUCUCCUCUACUCCAUUUAAAAUCAUUUUAAACCGAGUGUGAAUGGGAAACGACCCGCGUGUUUGUGCUCUCUCAGGUGCAGGACUGACCUAUGACCUCUGCUGACCUCUUCUGACCCCUCACAACUUUGUCAGUCUGCAUGUGAAAGAUAAUGGACAGUUCGAAUGAGCACAAGAAGACGGAGCCCAGAGUCACUGAGAAGAAAUGCUCAUGGGCCUCACACAUGACAAACUCACCCACAGUGAUAGUGUUGGUUGGUCUUCCUGCCAGAGGAAAGACGUAUAUCUCCAAGAAGCUGACGCGAUACCUUAACUGGAUCGGUGUUCCUACUAAAGUUUUUAACCUGGGUGUUUAUAGAAGAGAAGCUGUGCAGUCCUACAAGUCCUAUGACUUCUUCCGUCACGACAAUGAAGAGGCCAUGAAGAUCAGGAGACAGUGCGCCAUUGUGGCUCUUCAGGACGUGAAGUCUUAUCUGAACGAGGAGGGAGGCCAGAUCGCUGUUUUUGAUGCUACAAACACAACCAGAGAGAGACGAGACCUCAUCUUGAGUUUUGCGCAGGAUCACUCCUAUAAGGUGUUUUUUGUCGAGUCUCUUUGUAGCGACCCAGAAGUCAUUGCUGCCAAUAUAAUGGAUGUGAAGGUUUCCAGUCCGGAUUAUCCGGAGCGAGACAGAGAGAGCGUAAUGGAGGACUUCCUCAAGAGAAUCGAGUGCUACAAAGUCACAUAUCAGCCCUUAGACCCCGAUGAACAUGACAAGGCGCUGUCCUUCAUCCAGGUGAUCAACGUGGGUCAGCGUUUCCUGGUGAACCGCGUUCAGGAUUAUAUUCAGAGUAAGAUCGUCUACUACCUCAUGAACAUCCACGUUCAGAAACACUCCAUCUACCUCUGCCGACACGGAGAGAGUCAGCACAACGUCCAGGGCUGCAUCGGUGGAGACUCGGAGCUCUCCAGCAGAGGAAAAGAGUUCUCUAAAGCCCUGCGUGGGUUUCUGGAAACCCAGAAGAUCCCAGACCUGAAGGUCUGGACCAGCCAGCUUAGACGCACGAUUCAGACGGCGGAAGAGCUGGGCGUCCCGUACGAACAGUGGAAAAUCCUCAACGAGAUCGACGCUGGCAUCUGUGAAGAAAUGACGUAUGAGAAGAUUAAAGAAGCAUACCCGGAUGAAUAUUCUCUCAGAGACCAGGACAAAUAUCAUUACAGAUACCCAGGAGGAGAGUCGUAUCAGGAUCUGGUCCAGCGUCUGGAGCCGGUCAUCAUGGAGCUGGAGAGACAAGGAAACGUGCUGGUGAUCUGCCAUCAGGCUGUCAUGCGCUGCCUGCUCGCAUACUUCCUGGACAAGAGUGCCAAUGAUCUGCCGUAUCUGAAGUGUCCUCUCCAUGCGGUGCUCAAACUCACCCCUGUGGCUUAUGGCUGUAAAGUGGACAUGUUUGACCUGAAAGUAGAAGCUGUAAACACACACCGGGACAGACCUCUUGGCAGGGGCAGACAGGUAGUGGCUCCGGCCUUGCUGAGAAGGAACAGUUUCACUCCUCUGUCCAGUCAGGAUCAGGUGAAGCGGCCGAGGCUCUUCAGCGUGGGAAACCCGCCGCGGAUAACAAGCGCACCUGCUUUAUCAACAACACGAUUCCCACAGACACGGGAGAGCGAAGAGCUGAGCGAGAGCCAGGAGUUACUGAACUGCUUCAGCCCAUCAGACUCAAAAGAGGUCAUCCAAGAGUGACGACACAAACAAAAACACAACUUACACAAGUGACGCCCAUCAGAAAUUAAACCGGUUUCCUCCAGACAUGACUCAACUCUCUCUCCGUCCGCCCUUCAAUCUUCAUCCGUCCACAAAAUGCUGGAAAAUACGGUAAAACCAUGCCAGGCACAUGUGAGUUAUUCAAUAUACACUCCAUUAAUCUGCUGAUUGACAGCCUGUGCAACCAAUAAGGGCCAAUUAAGUGGGUGUGGCUUGUUCCGGUUAAUCUGAUUGGCCCUCCAGAAUCUUGAAAAGCACUGCUAUUGAUUAAUGUGACUUUUUUGUUUUCAUAAUAGCCAAAUUUGACUGGAUAUAAGUGUAAAUAUGUGUUUUAUUCUAUCAGUUAUUCAUCUGUAAUGCUAUUUUUAUGUUUAUAGACUUAAUGUUGCGCUCUUGAAUGUUUUAUCGAAUAUAACGAAUGUGAAAUGAAGAAGUUAUAAAAGUUAUGUUCUGCUGUUUUAUGUUCAGACUGGAGUAUCAGGGUAAAAAGCCUAUAAGUUGAUUGUUUAAGCUGUUGUAAAUGAGUGUGACCUUUAAUAUUCUUCUUUAAAACAAAACGCACGCUCUGAAGCAUUAAUUAUAGAGCUUUAUUAACGUCUUUAAUUGCGUUACGGAUGAUCUACACUUUAAAAAUAAUAUCUGUUAGUGAACAGUUUCCGUAUAUUGUGAUUCACAAAAGGUAUUUAUGUUUAUGAAUUGCUUCAUGGGAUGAAAUGUUGUCACGAUACUGGAAUUUGAUACCAAUUGGUACUGAGAUUUUAAAAGUGUCCAUUUCCCGCUAACACUUGAGCGCUGUUGAGCUCAUUCUUAAACGGCGCUGAUUUGCCAUUGUGUUCACAUGCUCAACAGAAAGGACUGUGAUUGGCCGUGAAGGUCUUCAGUUCACCAAACUCACUGCUAUUUAUUGAGUGUAACUACAGAUACAGGGACACUGGAGCGUUUUAAAGCCACGAAGAUCAGCUGAUCUGUCUAUGAGCUGACAUUAGAGCGAUCCGCUGAUGAAUCGACUGAUAUUUGCAGCUUUAAAACACUCCAGUGUCCGUAUAUCUGUGCUUACACUCAGUGAGUGUGUCCAAUGUUAGCAGGAAAUGGACGUGUUUAAAAUUUUACUAUCGAUUGGUACUGACAAACACUCUAGUGGGAUAUUGAUCUCUGCUCUGUUGACUUUUGAUGUAGAAAAUUUAACUCUACAGUGACUUUUAUUGACAUUUUAGUAGUUUCAAAUAAUAAUGCAAUGUAUAAGGUAUAAUAUAGAGCGAAAUAAGUCUGUUAAAUAACAGAAAAUGCACUGGCAGUUUAUUGCAAGGUGUUUGUAGCGUAAUAUACAACACCAACCCAGACAAUAUAGCACUUAAAACUAUGAAAAGUGUUCAUAAAGUCACUUUUUAAGGAUGAAAGAUGAUGUGAAGAAAAUAAAAGUCUCAUACUGCAAUUCAAAAGCAGAAAUAAACUUGGAAAAAUAAAAACGUGAAUCACAAAAUAUGGAAAACUGCAUAUUUACGGAUUUUUUAAGUGUUUAAGUACACUUAAAACUACUGAGAACAUCGCAACUCCUACUUUACUGUAUUACUUUUCACAUUUUAGCGUCUGUUAAUAGUUAUGAAAAGCUAUUUAUAAGGACUUUUAUUUUGCAUCAGAUCUAGUAGGAUGUUUUUAAAUGGUGUUGUAAAUGGUUUCAUGAAUAUAAAUGUAUGUUCUUGUUGUCUGAAUUUUGCAUUACAAGUUUUUUGGAUGCACAGAGUAUGUUGUUUAAGUGUUUAAUACUCUUAAAGGGACUCAGAAUUAA